GUCAUCUUGUCAAACAGAAAUUUCCAAAAUUUCUUACAUUUCAGCUGUUGUUCAAAUUUUUCACUUUCCGUUUGUUUUUAAAGGAUUAAACCCGGUUAUGCUUUGGUUUAUAUAAUGGUGUAAUGGUAUGUGUUGCUUGAUUGGGGGAAAAUAUGUUAUAACUGCUUUUUAUGUCACUAGAAAGACGAGCGUUCGUCAUGUAAAUAAAUUAAUGUCGGUGAGUAUUAAUCUUCUUGUCGCCUUAGUAGCACUUCUAAACGUUGUAAAUAUCUUACUAAUACCCUUGUCCUAAACAUUAAAGCGAAACUAUUGAUUAAAGUUUAAAGAAUAGUGUAUUAUACACAGAAAAAGGUAGGUUUGUACAUAAAAUUCAAUCAUGUUUGUAUAUACUAAUAUAAUUUUAUCGUAUUUUGGCUAAGAAAGAUAAGUCAACAAAACAUAUUAUGUGUGUUUUGGCGGACGCCGUAAUAAAUGUGAUUUUAAAAAUUUAAAUCUGUCAACACUAUGAAGAAAUAACCAUUAUUAUACAGAAAUAUCUAGAAAAUUUAAAUGCUCAUUAAAUUGUGACUUCAAAACAAAAUACUGAUAUGAACAUUAUAUAUGGCUUGGAGCAGUGGCGUAACGUUAUGUCAGAGGGCCCCAGGUUCAAACUUUUUGAAGGCUCCCCUAGUAGAAGUGCCAAAGGCACAAGUCGAGCGCCGUAUAUGCACGAGUUUUGUAGUGGGUUCAGGGCAUGCUCACCCGGAAAAUUUUUUAAUCUAGACUCUCUGAAAUGCCAUUUCCCAGAUUUUGGGGAGAGAUUUUACAGAAUUCUGAUGGUCAAAAAACUGUAUUGGCUAUAGCCUGGGUCUGGGGGGCCCCAUUGGGUCUGGGGGCCCCCAUUGGGUCUGGGGGCCCCCAUUGGGUCUGGGGGCCCCCAUUGGGGUUGGGGGCCCCCGGGUUCUCCUGGUCCAAGCCCAUAGUAGUUAUGCCACUGGCUUGGAGAACUUUCUGUUGUUGGGAUUGUUGGGCAUAGUAUGUUUUAUGUUCCAUUGACAGCAAAUAAUCUGAUACAACUACCUGAAAGUACAAAAAAUGUUCUGUUGAAGUUCAGGUAGUUGUAUCUCCUACUGUAUAUACCACUGCUGUUUGUUAUUGUUACCAUACUGGUGGUACCAUUGGGAUGCUAUAUGAUCAGACACAAGUCAUAUAUUGUGGCGGCCAGAGGCACCCUUAGUAUUCGCCUUCAAUCUGGUUGAGAUGCAUCUUUCCCAUUUUAUUAUUUUACUCUGUCUAACACCAGAUGAUUUUACUUGUCAAGGCCAACGUGUUAGGACGUUAAAGGAAGAUCUGCUAACAUUGACCCAUUAAGCUGCAGAGCUUCCCCAAUGGCAAGUAGGGCACAUUGCAAAAUUUUAACAACAUUAAAAAAAUAAGUAGGGUGCAUUGCGGCUCAAUGGGUUAAUAAAGGGCAAUGUUCCACUGAUGUUGUGCUGGAAUUCAAAGGGAUCAAGAUUCAUUGUCAUCGAUUUAUAUCAUCUUCACAAUCACCAUUUCUUUUUGUUAACCCUUUAAGUGGCAAUGUGCACUGAUGCACCCUACUUUAUUAUUUUACUCUGUCUAACACCAGAUGAUUUUACUUGAUCAUCAUGGGGAGAGUGCUGCCACUCACUGGGUUAAUCAGACUAUCUGCCUAUGCAUCAUGUUAACCCUUUAAGUGACAAUGUGCCCAGAUGCACCCUACUUUAUUAUUUUCCUCUGUCUAACACCAGAUGAUUUUACUCAUCAGGGGGAGGGCAUGCACUGCCACUCAAAUGGUUAACCCAUUGAGUGGCAGCACUCUCCUCCUGACAAGUAAAAUUGUCUAGUGUUAGACAGAGUAAAAUAAUAAAGUGGGGCACAUCAGGGCACAUUGCCACUCAAUGGGUUAAUGUAUAACAUGUGUGUAUGGUUUGCCUAGACCAAUCAUUCCUCUAUGGUGAACUGAAAUAUUUUGUCCAGUGAUUGCAAUGUCUAUACUAUAUUUUAGGUUGUGUUGUGUGAUGAAUGAGUUGUUGGUAUGAAAAAUACAAAGAGAACAGCUAACAUUAUCUGCUAUGAGAAGCUAUUACUAACUACUGAAAUCACAUAAAUUAAUAACAGUUUCAAGAUAGCAUGAUUGACUAGUGUUAGUUAGUGCUUCCUAUAUAGUAAAUUCUGAAAUAAGUUGUAUCUCAUCAUGGGUGGUAUAAAUUCACUUCACGGCUCGCGCUCAGUGGAAAACAUUCCUCGCAAGCAAAGCAGGACUCGCUCGGAGGGGAAGAAAAAUGUCUCAAAGUUUGCAACACUUCGAAAGAAGUUUUCACGGCAUCGUUCUCACAAAACUCGCAAUUAUGUGAAACAUAUAAGAGAACUGACUCAAUCAUGGAAUACGCACCAAAUCAAUGCACUUGUUGAGGAGUACGAGUCCAUGUCAGCCUUGAAAGAUCUCUCGAUUCAAACAAGCUUAGCAAGGCCACGUGUUAGGACGUUAAAGGAAGAUCUGCUAGCAUUAUAUAAAGGGCAAUGUUUCACUGAUGUUGUACUGGAAUACCAAGGGAUCGAGUUUCAUUGUCAUCGAUUUAUAUUAUCUUCACGAUCACCAUUCUUUCAAAUGCUUCUUGCGAAGAAUCCGGGGCAUAGGGUAUGUGUCAAUAUUGACAACCCUGAGCUAACUGUGGAUAUAUUUCGAAUGAUGGUACAUUAUUUAUAUACUGGUGAUGUACCAACAAUUGAUACAGCAUUAGAUAACUUGGAAAUUUUAAUGAAAUUAGGAGAGGAGUUUGGAACGCCAAAUGUGCUUGAACAUGAUAUGAAUGCUUUACUCAACACAAAUAAAUUUAGCGAUGUCACCCUAGUAUUUCAAGACAACUUUGCUGGGGUUACUCAAAACAAAGAAUUAGUUGGGGCUGACUCGUCUUUUGAGUUGCAAUGUCAUAAAGGAAUACUAGCAGCUCGAUCGCCAUUUUUUCAUUCAUUGCUUACAAAAUUGUCCAAGGAAAAGGAUCUGUCUAAGCCAUUAAGACUGGUUUUGGAUGAGAAGAUUAUACCGCGACAGUAUGGCAGGGUGUUACUGCAGUGUAUGUACCUAGAUUGUGUUGAUGUUUCCUCUGUCAUUAGAUGGGCCUCGGGCAGUGAUGAACGCAGUGUGGAGGACCCACACAAGUUGUUAACAGUGCCGGAAGUGGCGAUGGAAGUCUAUGAGAUUGCAAGGUUCCUGGAGUUUGCGACACUCGAACAAGGCAUGUAUGAAUCACGCACAAGAAUACACGCUUGCGGAAAGUACCUGGAUAUGGAGCAUUGUUUUCGUGAUUGCGACGUACACGAAUUACUCGAAAACGAGGCUCUAUAGCCAAAGUGUCGUACUUUCCAGAAGAGUGUAAGAAUGUCCCAAGUGUGAAUCAAACCUUUCCAUGGACAACAAGUCAUAUUCAUUCUAGAACGCUGGCGCUCAAUGGGUUAAAAAAGAAAUCCAACCAACUUGACGUAUUGUAUAUUGGAGUUCUUAGGUUUGAUUCCUGUUUGGGACAUUCACAAAUGAAUUUCUCUGCAAAUAGUUCAACUUCAUUCUGACAACCCAAGUCAUUCACUGCUGAGAACAACAAUAAUGCUGACAGUCAUUAUUUCUCUAGGUGCAGAAGAUAUUAUCAUUCAAGAACUUUCCCCAAUGUCUCUGUUAACUACACUGGAAUGGAGUGACAGGUCUCAUGGUUCUCACUGGGUUUAUCGACAGACUAUGCAUUAUCUACGUGAGGAAUUUCUUAAUAUGGUUAAUUUGGAUGUCUUUUUAAAUUUGCCAAAGCGGUUUGUUAUUGAAACAUUGAAGUCAGACUUUCUUCAGGUACUGGGGGAAAUUUAUUAAUUCAAAUAUUUUGUACAGUAGUUGGUUCUAUUUGUAUUGUUCCUAGCCCCUAACUAUAGUAACUACUCAUCUGAAAAAAUAGUCCACCUAGAUAAGAAUAAGCAUACAAAUUCCUGUAAAGUUUUAUCAAGAGGCAACCCAUUUAUCACUUUUGCAACUGUGUUUUAAACUGCAUAUUCUUCCAUAUUUACGCAGGCCAGUGAACAGGAUGUGUUGCUUGCUGUUAUUAAGUGGGGUGAAGCGCAGGUGUACAAAACCAUCUACCCAUCAGGUAAGAUCUCUUGAUAUUAUUUUACCAAGUCAGUUUCAAACCUGUUUUAAUACUUAAUUUUCCCACCCACAGACGGCAAACUAGAGCACUAUACAAGCUCACUGAAGCGAAGUAUUCGACGAAAGGAAAUCGAUGUGAAAUCUCUGAAACAAGUUCUUCACGGCGUCCUAGCGCUCAUUCGAGUACAACAUAUUCUUCCUAAAGACAGCAGCGUGCUCAAGGCAGCCAUUCAGCAAGCAUUACUCCAGAAAGAAAUGCCACUAGACAUCGGAGAAGGCGAACGACAGCAGAGAUCCUCGUGGAUACGAGUCAAAGAUGACAGAAAAUAUGUGAAGCCAAGACUGUUUGCGGCUUACGUUGACGAAGCAAAGGUGAAGCAUAUACGUUCGGCAGGGCGUAGCUAGAGGGGGUGUGGGGGUGUAACACCCCCUCUCCCCCCCAUUCAUCAAAUUGUUUUCGUAGUCAGCGAAAAUAUUUGAGUGUCUUGGAAUAAAAAGUAAUAGUCAUAGCAAAAAUUUUGCUAAAUUUACGAAAAAAGUUGACAAAUUACGAUACAUUAAUGGGAGUUUUUGAAAAAUGGUAUGUCCGGAAAAAUUUGAGCCCCAUCAAGUCCUAUCUUGAUCAACUUUUUCACUGUCAGAGUUUCCGGAUAUGAUGUCAUUAGGUGAAUUGAAAAUUAGUUUUCCUUUGUUUUUUUUGUACCAAAAAUUCACCUGGAACAUUGACAAUGUUCAAGUUGAUCGAGAUGAAGUUUUUUACUAUAAAUAUACACUACAUUUCUUCUCAGAAUGACCCAAAUAUUACACAUACCAAAAAUUAUUUCUUGAAACUCGCCAAGAGUGGAUCUAAAGCAACACUCCAUCUUACCUUUCCAGGCCAUCAUGCGUGAACGAAUGGUGGAGGAGAUGGAAGUUGUCCGUCUUCGAAUGAUCCGUCAUUCUGACAUGCCAGAUAUGGUGACCAGUAUUACCAGCCAGUAUAGUACACCAGACUUCGAAGAUGGUCCACCUUCUGUGAUUGCGAAUCAACUCCCAUAUCCUGAUGCCACGACUGUCAAAGCAAUGUUGAGUAGAGAGAAGGAACUGAAAUCGUACAACCAAACCCAGCGAGCGUAUGCCUUGUCCUUGGGUAAGCCAAUAUAAUUGACAAUUAGAUUACGAACUCAAGAUUUCUAUGUGGUGAUAGUUGAUGGGGCCGAAUCAACUAUCACUUCAUAGAAAUCGAGUAUAAAUAAAGUUCGUUUAGAUUUGUAUAUUCUCCACACUUUAGGUGACGGCAGAGCGGUCAAUCACGAAGUCAGAAAACGUGUUGUACGCGAGUUUGGUCUUCCUGAUGUCGCUGUCGAGGUUCUCCGACGUGCUCCGAAGGACACGUCCAAAGACUUUCCGGGCAGUCAGGAAUCGCUGCUGCUCAGUCAGUGCAGUAAUGAGAAGGUAUAGCCGUUGUAAACUCUGAAGGAUUUGUAAGAAAUGUUUGUGGGAACUGUCUUGGUGUUUAACACUCCCCCCCCCCCCACCACACACAAAUACUCUAGCGUCGCCCCGACAUGAAAUUAACAUUUUCCCCUUCUAUUUAGUUAAGCUUCUCUUCAGACACUGAACCGGAUGUGACACUGGAUGUUGAAGCGAAGAAAACCACAAAAUAAUAUUCUUCAGUAACCACAUGACACCGAGGCUCGAUUGGGAAAAGUUACAGUAUACAAUAGUCCUAACUAUUUGCUGGACAAAUGGUGUACUUUGUAAUGGUUUGUAACUACAGUACCAAUUUCGCCAAGAUGUCUGUGCAGGUGUUUAAGCCUUGUUUACACUAUCAAAGUUUCUGUGAUCGCAGUAGGAAUUUUGCAUGGGUAAAUUCUAAGUUUUGAAUGAUUUGUAAGAAAUGUUUGAGGGAUUUGAGGCAGUGUUAAAUGUUGAGUUAGUUCCCGCAACGUUUCUUACAAUCCUUCAAAACUUAGAAUUUCCCGAUGCAAAAUUCCUGCUGUGAUCACAGAAACGUUGACAAUGUGAACCAGGCUUCACAGUAUAGCGAAUAUAUAUGCAGUGUAGUGCUUAAAAUAUAAAGAACAUGUAUUUUUGUGUGAAAGUUAUAUAGUAUAAUUAAACUGGUGUAAACAGACUUAAGCCUGGUCAAACGAGAAUGAGAGUGGGAAGGCACACAUUCUUACAGCGGACAUUCGAAGCUCUAGGGCUCUUUCCAUUAACACGGCUAUAGACCAGUCAGAACGGUGAAAUUGUUGAAUGGAACAGAAAACGUUUGGGCUAAUUUAGACCUAUCUGACCGGACAGUUUAGAUAAAAUUUGAAUGAGGUCCAUUUUCGGCUAGAUAUUUGAGAAACAUAGACCAGAUCUUUCCAUUGAUACAGAAACAAAAAUUCGGGUCUGACCAGUCAGGCCAUUAAAUGGAAAGCGCCCAACAAAAUAAAGGUUUGAUGAUUGUUCCAACUAUGUUUUAACUUAAAUAGAGAUCCAAGAUUGCCAACUCUCACACUCGUUUCAUCGGGUUGAAGAACACCUGAGUGAAACCUGUUUUUAAAAUUAUCAAGCCUGGUUUCCAUAUGGUCGUAACGGUCGUAAAGAUUGAGUCACGCUCUUUCUCAUCAGCCGAAAUACAACAUUUUACAACUGAGUGAUUAUAACUAGAGAAUGAACUGAUUGAGUGAUUAUAAUUAGAGAAUGAAUAAUUGAGUGAUUAUAAUUAGAGAAUAAAUAAUUGAGUGAUUAUAAUUAGAGAAUACUUAUGAUUUAUGUGUGGUUUACAGGUAUAAAUUAUUAUAAACUGGCCGUUGAGAAAGAUCGUGACUCUAUUUUUACGACCAUAUGGAAACCAAGCUUUAGUCCUAGUUGAAGUGCAUGUAGUGUAUCGACGAUUUUCAAAUAUAGUAAUAUAUAUUAACGUAUAAUGUAUUGUAGUGAAGAAACAUAUAGUAUCUCAUUGUGCAAUAUAAUGUAUAUAUUAUAUAAAAUGAAAUACACUUUCUAUAUUCUCGUUCUGUGGUUUUCAUGUCUUCACCCGACAAGCAUGAGCUGGGUUUAAUCACUAAAAUAUGAAAUGUAUAAGGAAAGAACUUACAUUAAUUUCUUCCUCUGCAUGCAUCAGUACGAAUUGCUGAUUAACCAUGUCUUGCUGUAAGUUAGUGAUGCAUGUUUAGUGAAUCCUGCC